ACAUAACUAACUGUUAUAGUCGCCGGAAGUUCCUCUUCUUAUCAUCAAUGAUCAAGGGACGAGAGUGCAAGAUAUUGUAACGUAGACGUUUUAUAGAAGAUACCACCCGGCCAGUGCAGUGAUAGUGGACGGAAACAGAUCUAUUUCAUGGAUCACCAGAUCUGAUUCAUCUAAUCAUCUAUCAUUUAUCUUGAAUGUGGGGCUUGCAGGCGGCAGUGUGUAAUUUGCUAAUGCCCUACAAGCUGAAUGAAUAAAUCACCAGAUCUGGGAGAGAGGAGGGGUGACGAAGAAGAUACCACUCCCAACCCUCAAACUUUUCUACUUUCAUCACAACCAGACCAAGCCAGCCCGUCUAGCACUUCAGGUAUAGUACGAAGGCGCAUCAAGAAGAAACGCCAGCCUCGAUCUUCACAACCCCAAGGAUCUGACUCUGAUUCUAUGGAUGAGGAUCCUGAGGUAGGGUCUAACCAACCCUUGAGGGACGACCAAGAACCCAGGGAUCCCUCAACUAUCACUGUAGAGGAAGUCACUGAAGUUGAGGAAACUUCGACCCUCAGGUCAAGCGAUGGAGAAAAAGAGGUGAAGGAGCUUGAGGUUGAACCUCAACCAGCCGGAGGGAGCGAUAGUGAGUACGACUUUGCCUUGCUGAAGCAGCAGGCCGACGAGCUGGCUCACAAGUUUGUCCAGAAGGUGAAGGACGUUACCUGGAAGGUCACCCACCAUAAUUUUUUACCGGAUUGGCUGAAGGACAACGAUUACCUUCACUACCACCACCGCCCUCCUCUACCGUCGUUCAGGACAUGCUUUAAGUCCAUCUUUAGAAUUCACACAGAGACAGGCAACAUAUGGACACAUCUUCUAGGUUGUAUAGCUUUUAUUAUCAUAGCCAUCUACUUUUUAGUACAGUCCAUCAUGUCAAGGGAUGACUGGCAGGAGAUUGUGGCAUACAUGAUGUUUUUCUUGGGCGCCAUUUUGUGUCUCGGAUUCUCCUGCCUCUUUCAUACAUGUUACUGCCAUUCUUCUCAAGUCUCUAAAAUAUUCAGCAAACUAGACUACUCUGGCAUCACUUUCCUGAUAGUUGGAUCCUUUGUGCCUUGGCUCUACUUUGGUUUUUACUGUGAGAACAUCACCCGUUACGUCUACUUGGCCCUUAUAUUGGUCCUUGGUGCUCUCUGUCUCUUUGUAGCUCUAAGGGACACAUUCAGUCUACCAAAGUACCGUCCCCUCAGGGCAGGUCUAUAUGUUGCUUUAGGCCUCAGCGGGGUGAUACCAGCCAUUCAUUACGUGAGCAUCAACAGCUUCUUGACGGCCAUCCAGGGGGGUGGACUCGGCUGGAUGAUACUCAUGGCAUGCCUCUACAUCUCAGGAGCAUUACUCUAUGCUAUACGCAUCCCAGAACGGUUUUUCCCUGGAAAGUGUGACAUUUGGUUUCAGAGUCAUCAGAUAUUCCAUGUCCUGGUUCUAGCAGCUGCCUUUGUCCACUACCACGGUAUCAACACAAUGGCUGCGUACAGGGAGCAGAUCGGAGAGUGUAAUGCCGGUGACCUUUACACAGACAUAGCAACCACUGUUGAAAACUGAACCCAAAACUGAAACAUCCUUUUGAAUCACUGUCUUGAAGUUCUUCAACUUAUAGAGACAAGAUCAGUAUUCUCCCCAUGUAUGAGGAUUUGCUCAACCCAAGUAUCUUGGGGAAAUUUACCUUGGGGGAAAUUGUGCAGUUUUGCCAUCGUGGACUGUAUAUUUUUUAUUGCAGUAAUAAAGUGAUGUAUUUCUUGUCUUGGAUCUCAGGCUAAGCUCAUUCAUUUCUUCAAUAGGUGUGACGGGAAACUUCUCUGCAUUCUAUAGUACUUAUACAACUUGGAGAAGAAAGCGAGUCGUAGUGUAUGCUUAGUACCUCUGCACGACUUGACAAAAAAUGCAAAGUAUUGUGACAUUAAAAUUUUUAUGUUAGAUGAUAUUUGGUCCAUGAGAUUAGAUAUUUUAAUAUGGAGGUUUGCUCUGUUUUAAACCAGAAAUCUGCCUUGAACUGCUUUUUAUAAUUGAGGUAUUAAUGCCAUGGAAACCAAAUACUUUUUCCAUUUCCCAAAUCCAAACCACCAAAGACCAAGGGAAACUGGGCCCUAUAUUUUCUUACAAGAAUUAUCCAUUCAGAUGUAGUCAAUACCUUCUGGUAUGUUGGAAUUUUAGUGACUAAAUUGCGAAAAAAAUGUAAAAUUAAUGAUUGUUUGCACAUGUACAUUGCACCAUAUGAUGAGGGGGGGGGGAUAUUGGUUUUGUUUGGUUUGCUUUUUUUAUACCUUUGUUUUGUUAUAUUAAUUCUCUGAUUAUAAUUUUGCCUUGUAUUCAUCACAUUGUUAUGUUAUGGACAGCAUGUUCCCAGCAAUGAGUCGAAUUGACUCUUCCCCCUAUGCAAGGCCGAACUGUGCAUAUAAGUAAUGAUUUAUUGACACAUGAACUGUGCAACCAGAUGUUUUGUGUUUGUUUGUUUUUUUGAGGGGGAAUUCAGUCAUCAUAAAAAUACAAUUUCUGAACAGUAGCUGCUCAGAAUGUGUUCCUAAAAAAAAUAGUUGUCAGGUAUGGCAUCCUUGAGCAUUAGAAGUAGAUAGGAACUGGAAAACCCUCCAAUAUUUUGAAGUUUCCUCACAAGUCAAUCGGAUCUCAUUAUACAUUAUGAACAUAAGGCCUGAUCCCACUGUCCGACGGACAUAAAACGUACUCAUAACGGAUACAGCGGAAAAGCAAAAUUACGGGGUGGCUCCAUCCAUUUUCAUCCGCUCCAGACAAUGGACGAAAUGGUCGAACAAUGAAAUCACAGUGGACGGAUGCUUGAUGGAUAUAGUGCAUAUGAGACACGUAUGCAAAGAGUACACGACAGAUACAAAACGUUUUCCAACGGAUCGCAAGAUUCUUUUCCGUUUUACAUCCUCUCUGCAUCCGUAAAUGCAGUGGGACCAAGCCUUCAAGCAUUGACUUUUAGAUUCAACUGAAGUUCCAAACUACCUGUUUUGUAGUGGGGUGGAGCAGAAAAGGAUGAUUGAAUGUACUUCCUAAUAUUGAACAUGAAGUGAUGUCUGAAAGUGGGGAAAGCUUAAAUUCCUGUCCACGUCGUGUUACAAAGUAAUGUCUGUAUUUGCUAUGCACACAGGCCAUGUCCUUGCUGCAAAAUGGAUGCAUGAGGCAUAAUUUCAAUUCGGACUAUAAAGACCUAAUUUCACUUUGGUAUUCUAAUUCUAU